GACUGCCUUCUGAGAGCUGAGCGGGCCUCCACACCACGCUCCACAGAACCCCCGGGCUCUCCUAGACUUGUGCAAAACUCCAGCUGGUGGAAAGAAAGCUGGGGCAACUGCCAGGAGGAUGGCAGUGCCCCGGGAGGAAUAUUUUCGACUGGCCUUGCAGGAGAAACUGUCUACAAAGCUGCCAGAGCAGGCUGGGCAUUACUUCCCGCCAGUGCUACGUCUCCUGGAGAAGAGGCAAGAGCUGGUGGAUGCAGACCAGGCCCUGCAGGCCCAGAAGCAGGUGUUCCACACCAAGAUGGCAGCCCUGAAACAGCGCUGGGAACAGCUGGAACAGAAGGAGCGGGAGCUAAAGGAGUCGUUCAUCCGCUUUGACAAGUUUUUCCAGGACUCCGAGGCCCGGCGCAAUCGAGUGCUGCGGAGGGCGGCGGAGGAGCGGAACCAGGUGGGCCGCCGGGAGGCGGAGGCGCUGCGGCUGCGGGCCCAGCUCGAGGAGCUACGGCGGGAGCACGCGCGGCUGCAGCGCAGACUGCGGCGCCUGCAGCCCUGCGCGAGCCUGCUGGAGCAAGCGCUGGAGCUGCUGCCCGGGUUCCAAGAUGUCCCGGAGCUGGUGGCGCGCUUCGACGGCCUGGCCGAGACCCAGGCAGCGCUGAGGCUGAGGGAGCGCGAGCGGCUCGCCGAGCAGGAGGCGGUGCGGGCGCGGCUGCAGCGGCUGCGGGACGCCUGGCCGGACGAGCUGCUCGCACAGGGCCAGCGGCGGGCGCAGCUGCAGGAGCGCCUGGAGGCUGCCCGGGAGCGCACGCUGCAGUGGGAAUCCAAGUGGAUUCAGAUUCAGAACACAGCAGCGGAGAAGACUCUGCUCCUGGGGCGCAGCAGGAUGGCCGUGCUCAACCUGUUCCAGCUAGUGUGCCAGCAUCAGGGGCAGCCGCCUGCCCUGGACAUUGAGGACACAGAGGGGCAGCUAGAGCAGGUGAAGCUGUUCAUGCAAGACGUCGCCGCCAUGCUGAACCGGCAGCGCCUGCCGCCUAGCCCUGACCCAGCCCACUCCAGCUGCAAGGAAGCAGGUGGGAGGAAGGGGGACCAACUUCCACCUCUGGCACCUGGCUUGUGCUCUGAGCCUCACUUUCCUCGUUGCUAAAUGGACACAGCCGCAGAACCCCACCUUGGGAGACCCUGGAUAUGCUCUCGACUCCUCUGCCACAUUAGUUGGGAUUUUAGUACCCGGGUCUCUCCAUUCCAACUCCCCAAGCAGACCACACUCUGGCCCACCAGCAGCGCUCAAUAAAGAUUUAUUACAUUAAAAAUGCCAUCACCAAACCCUGAGGCACUCAGGGCUCUGACCGGUGCAGCCAUGACCUCUGAAGCCAGAACACAUGGAAGCAGCAGCAGCUGAGUUGCCAACUCAGGUCUUGGCCUGCCUGGCUUUGCUGGCGAACUCCUACACACGCUUCAAGGCCCUGCUCAAAUGUCUCUGUCUUAGGCUGACGCAGCUGCUGCCCUUCUGUGGCCAUACAGCACUCCUUUUCACGAAUGAUGGCUCCUGCAGGGAGUGCCCCCAGUGCCCGGCACAAGGCCAGGCACGCAGUGGUGCACAGGAGCGUCUGCUGAUGUCCACCCUAAGGCCGAGCAAGGAACCACGGGACUCGGUCCUGGUCCUCACAUCCUCUUCCGCAGCUUGCCCUUCUUGGAGCGGGCGUCCCGGCCGAAGGCACCCUGCUGCAGCUCCUGGACACGGCGGCGGUUGCGGGCGGAGAGCUGCUUGAGGCCACCGCGCUGCAGGAAGCGCAGCUUCUGGGCCCGGCGCCGCUGCUUCAGGAUCUGCUGCUUGGUCUUGAGUUCCGGGCGGACACGGCCUGCAGGGGCGCCUGGGGCGCGGGGCUGGGAUGCACCUGCCGGGACAGGGACUCCAGUGAGUUCCGGUGGUGGGAUCACUCCCAAGAUCCCCUCCUCCCAGAAGCUCGCAGACUCCUCCCUGGCCCCACUCCUGUUCUGUGCUUACUGCUGUGGCCCAGUAGGUGGCUAACAAAGCUUUAGGGAGCCC